UUGCAAACUCAUUACUACAACGUUCUCAAUAAAAAGUAUCAAGUUGUUAAUAAAAAUUAAAUUUAUCUUAUUUAGCGAGUUAAAAUGACCGUAACCGCAGUCCCCGAGAGUGUGCGCGAGAAAGCGCUGACCGAUUACAGAAAGAAACUCCUGGAACACAAAGAAGUUGAGGGUCGACUCAAAGAAAAACGCGAGGAAAUCAAGGAGCUUACCAAGCUAUAUGACAAGUCGGAAAACGAUUUAAAGGCACUGCAGAGUGUUGGCCAAAUAGUGGGAGAAGUGCUGAAACAAUUGACCGAAGAUAAGUUUAUUGUGAAGGCUACCAACGGCCCACGCUAUGUGGUUGGUUGCCGCCGUCAAUUGGACAAGGCAAAGUUGAAAUCGGGCACUCGUGUCGCUUUGGACAUGACCACUCUGACAAUAAUGCGAUAUCUGCCGCGAGAAGUCGAUCCCUUGGUGUACAAUAUGUCGCACGAGGAUCCUGGAGAUGUAACAUAUUCGGCCAUUGGUGGCCUGACCGAGCAAAUUCGCGAAUUGCGCGAAGUAAUUGAGCUGCCGUUGCUCAAUCCAGAGCUAUUCCUGCGCGUUGGUAUAACACCGCCAAAGGGUUGCCUGCUCUAUGGUCCACCAGGCACGGGAAAAACGCUCUUGGCACGCGCCGUUGCCUCCCAGCUGGAUGCCAACUUCCUGAAAGUUGUAUCAUCGGCCAUUGUCGACAAAUAUAUUGGCGAAAGUGCGCGUUUAAUACGUGAAAUGUUUAAUUAUGCGCGUGAUCAUCAGCCCUGCAUUAUAUUCAUGGAUGAAAUCGACGCAAUUGGUGGCCGGCGAUUUUCAGAAGGCACAAGUGCCGAUCGUGAAAUCCAGCGAACAUUGAUGGAGUUACUCAAUCAAAUGGACGGCUUUGAUUCAUUGGGUCAAGUUAAAAUGAUUAUGGCAACGAAUCGCCCAGAUACAUUGGAUCCUGCAUUGCUACGUCCUGGUCGCUUGGAUCGUAAGAUUGAGAUUCCGCUGCCCAACGAACAAGCACGCUUGGAGAUUCUAAAAAUCCAUGCGCUGAAGAUUGCGAAGCACGGAGAAAUCGAUUACGAAGCCAUUGUCAAGCUGUCGGACAACUUCAAUGGGGCGGAUUUGCGAAAUGUCUGCACAGAGGCGGGCCUCUUUGCCAUAAGAGCCGAACGUGAAUACGUGAUACAGGAGGACUUUAUGAAGGCAGUGCGCAAGGUAUCGGAUAAUAAGAAACUCGAGAGCAAAUUGGAUUACAAACCAGUCUAAGUUUUAAGACACAUAAGUGUUAAAUCACACAAACAUAAUUACAUUUAAUAUCUUCAUCGUAUAAAAAUAAAUGUUGCUAAAUAGAAAGAGAUA